UCGCCAAGAUCCUUCUGUCUGCUGAAUAAAGCCAGCCGCUACCAGUCUACCAGUCGCAGUAGAGAGCGUCACCAUCCCUCCAAGCUCCAUCGAAAUCUCUGCGAAACCAUGUCUCGAUCUUCGCAUCCUUAAACCCUAAAAGCGCCAUGGCUCCCCUCACCCUCCUCCUCAUCUUCCUCUCCUCCUUCACCGCCUCCUCCUCCGCCGCUGGCGAGUACCCUACCGACCUCUUCUUCUCCGGGUUCCGCCGCGCCGCCGCCGCCGGCAACAUCACCCUCAGCGGCAUCGCCGAGAUCGACGGCCGCGGCGUCCUCCGGCUCACCAAUGAGACGGGCCGCCUGAUGGGCCACGCCUUCUACCCCUCCCCGGUCCGGUUCAAGAGCUCCCCGGGCGGCGGCGUCUCCUCCUUCUCCACCUCCUUCGUCUUCGCCGUCGUCCCCGAGUACCCGAAGCUCGGCGGCCACGGGCUCGCCUUCGUCGCCUCCGCCGCCAGGGACCUCCGUGCCCUGCCCAGCCAGUACCUGGGCCUCCUCAACGCCGGCGACGUGGGCAACUUCUCCAACCACCUCUUCGCCGUCGAGCUCGACACCGUCCAGGACUUCGAGUUCGGCGACAUCAACGACAACCACAUCGGGAUCGACAUCAACAGCCUGGUUUCCAACGCCUCCGCCGCGGCGGCCUAUUAUGCCGCCGGCGAAAACUCGACCAAGCUAGAUCUGAAUCUGAAGUCUGGGAAGGCGCUUCAGGCGUGGAUUGAUUACGAUUCGGGCGAGAAGGUGAUCAACGUGACGAUUGCUCCUAGUUCAGUGAAACCCACGAAGCCAAUCCUAUCCUACAAAGUGGAUUUGUCGCCGAUUUUCCGCGAAUUCAUGUAUGUCGGAUUCUCUGCUUCGACUGGCCUGCUCGCGAGCUCUCAUUACGUGAUGGGUUGGAGUUUUCGCAUCGAUGGGGCGGCGAGAGCUCUCGAGAUUUCGUCUCUGCCUCCGUUACCGGGCGCAAGGAAGAAGCAUCCCCCCAGCACAGCUCUAGCCAUAGGAAUCUCGGUGUUAUGCGUCGUUCUUGCAGGGUCUGCGGUUUUUCUAGUGGUCUUGAUCGUCCGGAGGAUCAAGAACGCCGAUGUGGUCGAGGAAUGGGAGCUCGAGAUCGGUCCCCACCGGUUCUCCUACCAAGAACUCAAGAAGGCCACCAAUGGGUUCAAGGAGAAGGAGCUUCUUGGGCAAGGCGGGUUCGGCAAAGUGUACAGGGGGACCUUGCCGAACUCCAAGAUUCAGGUCGCAGUGAAGCGGAUCUCGCACGAGUCGAAGCAGGGCCUCCGCGAGUUCGUGUCGGAGAUCUCGAGCAUCGGGCGGCUCCGCCACCGGAACCUCGUGCAGCUCGUGGGCUGGUGCCGAAAGAGGGGCGACCUCCUGCUGGUGUACGAGUACAUGGCCAACGGGAGCCUGGACAAGUACCUGUUCGACGGGCCUCAGGUCACUCUAGACUGGGAACAGAGGAUUCACGUCGUGAAGGGCGUGGCUUCCGGGCUCCUUUACUUGCACGAGGGGUACGAGCAGUCGGUCAUCCACAGGGACGUCAAGGCCAGCAACGUCCUGCUGGACGACGAACUGAACGGGAGGCUCGGCGACUUCGGGCUCGCCAGGCUGUAUGAUCACGGGUCGAACCCAGGCACGACCCGGGUGGUGGGCACGCUGGGGUACCUGGCCCCAGAGACGCCAAGGACCGGGAAGGCGAGCAUGAGCUCGGACGUGUUUGCCUUCGGGGCGUUCUUGCUGGAGGUGGCGUGUGGGCGCCGGCCGAUCGAACACGAGGCCGGGCCGGAGGAGCUGGUCCUGGUGGAUUUGGUGUGGGAGAGGUACAAAGAAGGGAGGGUCCUUGAUCUGGUGGAUCCUAAAUUGAAGGGAGAGUUCAACGAGGGCGAGGUGAUGGCGGUGUUGAAAUUGGGGCUGCUGUGUUCGAAUUGCAACCCGAUGGAGAGGCCUACGAUGAGGCAUGUGGUGAGGUGCUUGGACGGGGAGCUCGACGUGCCAGAGGUGGCGACUGCGCCAAGCGGCUUCGAUUGCACGAGGGCGGGCGAAGGAUCCAGGUUCGAGGACUUCCGGCUCUCCUUCCCUUCCUCCUGCUUCGACAAGAGGAGCUCGUCCUCCUUUGUGGCGAACCGGGACAACAGUUUCGCAUCGCUUUCGACUUCCCCUAUCUCGAUCCUCACCGGUAGAGGUGAUAGCGGGUAGCGACGUUUGCAUUCGUUUGCUCCUCUCUCUUUUCCCUUCUUCUGCUUGACCGAUUGAUUUUUAUUCUUGUUCUAAGAUACGGAUUUGUACCAAAAAUGUACCAUACGUUCAUGGUUUUCUCUUUUUCA